AUGGCUGUAAGUAUCAGUAACAGCAGGAAAACCAUCUCAAACUCGCAGAUUCACGAGUUUCAAAACCUCUCAAAGCUUGGAAGCAGCGUGCGGCCCCUGGUGGCAACCAUGGUCAACUGCAGUCAGCGGUUCCUUCUUCAAGGAAAGCAUAUUCUACUUAUAGGCGCGGGGGAAGAAUUUGUUUGGGAAGCUGUGAGAGAAUACAAUGUCAAAAUAACCUUGGCUGAUCGGGAUCCCAACAAUAAGGCAGAUAAAUGCGUCCACAAGUUUAUUCAGUGCGAAAUAGGAGAUCGCAACAACGAGGAUAUCAAUGCAGAGAAAAUUGUUCAAUUAGCACGUACACAUGAUUUACCCAUAGACGGCUGCAUGACCGUGGUGGACGAUUACGUCCCUUUGACGUCACUGGUGUGCGAGGCACUGCGCAUGGUCGGAAGUACACCUGAAGCUGCAAGAAAGUCCAAGAAGAAAAGUCUCAGUCAAAAAUCUUUAGAACAAUCAAGAGUUAAUGUGCCUUUUUUGCCCAAUCCGUCUCUGUUUGCUGUCAAGACGCACGGAAUUAGUCAACCAGAAGAUGUGACUGGAUCGUCAAACCAUAUCCAGUAUCCAGCCCUAUUGAAGCCCGAGUUCGGGGCAUGUUCCUAUGGAGUCAACUUAGUCAAAGAUGAGGCAGAAUGCAUGAGAUACUUUGUUAACACCAAGGAUAGCGAAAAAAUGACAAACGACCCACCUUUUGGGAAGAACCACGGGAGCGCGAUGCACUUGACCGAAUAUGCACAGGGAACAAAGCACGGAGUUGAGAUCGUCGUGUACAGGGGGAAACUUUUAGCGGCGUUCGUCUCAGAUUGUGGUCCAACCCGCAUCCCGCAGUUUUUUGAGACCUCAACUUGUAUGCCGUCGUGUUUAAACCUCGAGAGGCAGAGGCACCUGAUAACAGCAGCCUUCCAAUGUAUUAGCGGCGUGGGUCACACGGACGGAGUAUUCAACGUCGAGUUUAAAAUGACACCCACGGGUCCCAAACUGAUCGAGAUCAACGGACGAAUGUGUGCCUGGUUUUACAGGAACUGGGUGCGCACCGUGUACGAAACGGACAUCCUUUUCCUUAAUUUUCUGAUCGUUUGUGGGAUCCAACCAAACGUCCAGCCAUUUGAACCAACUUGUCAGCUCAUGGCGAUUUUAUGCUCUCCUGCAGCCCACUCUAAGGCGUUGUCGCGACCGGGAAUUGCCACACCGGAGAUCCUCGCAGAGGCACACGAGCGAGGCGAGAUAAUUUACUAUGAAAUGGAACCCCUGAAGGAGGAGAACACGGACAAUGAGUGCGGCUUUUGUGCGAUAUCUGUAAAGGAGAAAUCCGUAAGUGAGGCAAAAAAGCAGCUGUUGGCUGUAUGCAGGAAAUAUGGUGUUGACACCCAAGAGCACCCUGCAGAGUACGUUCUGUCUACGUUCGUACAAUCGCCGUCUUAUUAAUGGAAAUGGUACCUUAAUUUUGAAGAUUAUGAAGGAAAUGUCAAUGUUGUGGGAAAAAUGUAUCGAACCUGAGAUACGCCAAUAAUGUAGUCCUUUUUGCACGCUUUGUGUUCAAACCACAAGUAUCGGUCGACAGGAUGAGAACAGAAAGCGAGAAAGUUGGUCUUUUUCUAAACGCUUUAGAAAAAAAUCAAAAAGUGAUGAAAAUACAGAGAGACUGAGGAAAACGAUGGGAACAGCCAUAUCCUGAUCAAUACCGAAAAAGCAGAAAAUGUGAAACAAUUAAUCUAUCUUGGUGCAAUAUUCACUGACCAUUACGAUGACACUCCGGAAAACAUAUCUCUUAACACAAAGAAGAGAAUGCUCAGCUUUCAGAUUUUUCUAUUGCUUCACAUGGCGCGGAAUGUUGGUUUGUGAAAAACUCAGACAUGAAGAAAUAAGACAUUUUGAAUUAUAGUGCUAUUGGCGUGGUCUUAUUAUGGGAACAACAUACAGAGGCAGUCU